UACGCCGAAUUCAUUUUCACGCAGAACCUGACUCUCUAUCACCAAAAACCAAUUCUCAAAUUCAAAAUUAAUUUUUAUCAAAUUAUCACAAUCCAACUCCAAUCUUCAGGUGAACCGUCGGAAAUUCAACGAUGAUAGACUCCGACAACAUUUCUGGAGGUGAUUCUCAAGGCGGCGGAUCGAACUCUCACGGAAGCGAGAUGUCACCAAGAGAACAUAAGCAAUCUCUUGAUUUUGGUAACAAUUGCAACCAAAAUUCAUUGAGAAGUGAAAAGGUUAGGAAUCACAUACCCAAUGACCUUGCAUUCUCUGUACUGUCAAAACUUCCUUUAAAAUCUUUGAAACGUUUUGGAUGCGUAUGCCAAACAUGGGCUCUCUUAUUUGAAAACCCACAUUUCAUGAGCAAGUUCCGCACUAAUUUCAUAUCUCAUUGUCACUCUCAUUACAUUGAUACAUCUUUACUCGUAUAUGAGGUUAUAAGAUAUGAUGAUUAUACCGAAAAUUUCUCUUUCUAUUCGCUUUCUGGUAAGAGGUAUGAGAAUAGAGUAAAAUUAGACUUUCCAUGUCCUUUUCAAGUUGAAAACAGCUAUUAUUUUAUUUAUUGUGAUACUAUUACUGGGACAGUUUGCCUUAAAUUACGAAACACAAUUGUACUUUGGAAACCAACUACUCAUGAAUUUAAGUUCAUUCCUUCCAGUCCUGUUGAGUCUGUAUCACCUUAUCGGGAGUUCCAAGUGUUUUGUCAUGGGUUUGGUUAUGAUCAUAUAAGAGACGACAUUAAGAUUAUUACGUUCACAGCAUUUGCACCUUUAUGGCAGAGUCCUCGUUGUCUUCAACUUCUUCAACAGCUUGGUGUGCGACGAGAAGAUGUGCCAUGGAAUGAAAUAUCUUGUGAACCUGUGUGGGAGAUUUAUAGCUUAAGAUGUAACUCUUGGAAGAAACUUGAUUUUGAUAUGCCUAAUUGUUGGGAUGAUAGUUGGUCAUAUAAGCGGUUGUACACGGAAGGAGUAUGUCAUUGGUGGUCUGAUCGUGAAGACUUAUUGGUUUCAUUUGACUUAAGAAAUGAAAUGUUUUUUACAACAGCCAUUCCCUUAGACAUAUCCGACACAGACCCCGAUCUUUGGCUGAGAAAAUUUUUGGCGAUGCUUAAUGGGUCAAUUGCUUCGAUUUUAUGGUAUACGACUUAUUUUCACAUAUCGAUUUUGGGUGAACUUGGCGUAAAUGAAUCAUGGACUAAAUUAUUCGUUGUUGGACCAUUGCUCAACAUUCAGCGUGUUGUUGGAAUGGGAAAGAAUGGUGAUAUAUUCUUUAAAACAAAAGAUGGUAAACUAGUCUUGUUGGAUUUAAGUACAGGGAUAAUUGAAGACAUGGGUUUUAAAGGAGGACAUGCAUAUGAUAUAGCAAUUUUUAAGGAAAACAAUAUUUUAAUGGCUGGAAUAAAUCUUUAA